AUGCAUCGUGCCGCUGUCAGGGCGUUCCGGACAAGUCACCGCCCCAGCGUGCGAAGCCAAGUGCGGAACACAGGACGACAUCACCUUCACCACGCUCGCCAGUCCAGCACCUCCCAUGUGCCUCUGAGAUCGUCCAUGUACUUCCGUCGUCUGCCCGUCGCGCUGGCCUCUGGUCUGAUCCUUGGAUACGGCGCCUGGCACUACAACGGCGCCGAAUUCGUCCCCGGCAGCGCCGUCACUCGAAGCUUCACCAAUACUCAGGCGGCCGAUGCCGCGCCGACGCGCACUGUCCUGGUUGUCGGAGCCGACGAGCUAAGGCAGGGCACCAUCGUUGGCGAGGGGCCGCUGUACAAGUCGUCGACCGAGGACGGCCGCAGGAUCGUCGAGAUGUUGACGCCCGACCAGGCCACGGCCAAGCUGCGUCGCCAGGAACAGUCCUUUUAUGUCAAUCGUGGCCAGGGCGUCACGCGCUACGACCUCGUCCAGCUAGGGAGCAACGAUCCGAUUGAGGACGACCACGCCGAGAAGAUUGUCGAGGUGCCCACCCGGGUCACCGAGGAUGAAGUUAGCAGCAGCGAUUGGAUGUUCUGGGGAGUUUUCGAUGGUCACUCCGGCUGGACGACAUCGGCAACAUUGCGGGAAAGCCUCAUUAGCUACGUGGCUCGAGAAUUAAACAGCACUUACAAGGCCUCUUCCAACGCGGCACCGGCCCCCGAAGCCAUUGACUCGGCUAUCAAGGCCGGCUUCACCCGUCUCGACAAUGAGAUUGUCCAUAAAAGCGUCGAAAAGGUCUUCAAGGCCAGCUCCAAGGCUGUGGCUGCUGAGCUGCUGCAGCCUGCCUUGUCUGGCUCUUGCGCUUUGCUAUCCUUCUAUGACAGCAGGAGUAAGUUACUGCGCGUGGCGUGCACAGGUGACUCUCGUGCCGUCUUGGGGCGUCGAACAAAGUCUGGCAAAUGGAUAGCUACGGCUCUUUCCGAGGACCAGACAGGAGGCAACCCCACUGAAGUUGCUCGCAUGCGCAUGGAGCAUCCCGGCGAAGAGCACGUUAUCCGAAACGGCCGUGUCUUGGGUGGCUUGGAGCCAACCCGUGCUUUUGGUGAUGCCGUCUACAAAUGGAGCCGCGAUGUCGCUGGAAGACUCCGCGAGAACUUCUUUGGACGAAGCCCCUCUCCUCUACUAAAAACCCCUCCCUACGUCACGGCAGAACCCAUUGUCACAACGACCAAGAUCGAGCCGGAGAAUGGCGACUUUGUUGUGCUUGCCACAGAUGGACUGUGGGAAAUGUUGACAAACGAAGAGGUUGUGGGCCUUGUAGGCCAGUGGAUCGAGACGCAGAAGACGGGAAGGCCCAGCUCGCAGUUUGACAAGGCAUGGUCCAAAGUCUUUGGCUCGCAGAGCAAGCCGCUCCCCGUGGAACAGGGCAGAGAAGCGGCUGGAGACCGAUUUGUUGUUAGAGACAAAAAUGUUGCCACUCAUCUUGUCCGCAACGCCCUUGGAGGAGCCAACGAUGAGCAGGUCUGUGCUCUCCUAACUUUACCAUCGCCAUUUUCAAGGCGAUAUCGCGAUGAUUUGACUGUUCAAGUCAUUUUCUUUGGUCACGGUGACAAGACAAGCGAAAAGACUGGCGAUGUCACAGUCAACUUAGAUGCUACGACAGAUCAAGACCCUAGAGCUAGGCUUUAG